AUGAGGAAAGCAGCAGGCAGAAAGACAGCAGAUAGGAAAAAGCAAAAAGCAAAGGGAAUUGCAAAAAAGAGAUGGUGCAUUUUUUUGGCAGGGCUUGCUUUGCUGGGUCUGUGCGCUCUGUGGUGGGCCCGGGAAAGUCCCAUAGACUUUAACAAGCUUGAAUACAUAGUAUCGCUUCCCAGCGACACACGGCAGCAUCCAUUGCAAUUAGAAGCCCCUAUACGGGAGUUUCGGGGAACAUGCACGGAAAAGGACAAACACAUUGCGCGGAAGCGGUAUGUUAUUGUGCAAAGCAGAUACAAAAAAACGCUUGUGUGCAGCGCGUUUGUCGUCCCGUACCACUACAGAGGCAGCGAUGAGGCGCCCGAAAGCCUCUUCUUGGUCUUUGAGGUGUACAGUGUGUAUGUGAACCCAAAGUACCGCGGAAAAAGGCUGUCCAUCUCGCACCUCUACCGCACGUUUAAAAUGCUGAGAAAAGUGUACGGCGUGAAAAAGGGCGAAAAGUGCUAUUUGGCGCUGCAUAUUUCGCCAAUGGACCGAGACAUGGACAAGGCGUACGCACUGUACCGAACAAACGGCUUUGUAAACGGAAUGUUUACUGAGGACGGCCCAUACUCUUUGCGGAAAAAGUCAGAGCUUCUGAUGGGCGCAGGCUCGAUUGACACGGCGCUGGCCAACUACCCGUACUACAACCAAGAGUACACAGGGAAGAAGAUGGAAAGCGGGCCAAGAUUCCUUACAAUGAUCGCGGGCCUGGACGUUUUCUUCAAAACUGUGGAGAUGAACGCAUACACAAAGAGCGACUACAACUACCAUCGGAGGAAAGCGGAAAAGCUAAGAAAGCCUCUUCUGCAGCAGUAUGUGUACCCCAGAUAG